CCUGUCGCAUGAAGUGGGGGGUCUCGCCUCCCCCAAGCUGCACAAGGGCGCUCGCUUUCGAACGUUUUUUUUUUUUUUUAAUUAUUAUUAGUACUCUUUGUGUGUUGACAGCGAUGGUUGAAGGUCAGCAAGUGAAAGAAGCCCCAUCUUGUCUGCGCAUUGUCUCGUGGAAUGUGAAUGGAGUUGCCACCACGCUGAAAGAGGUCAUCAAUCGCUAUGGAACAGUUGAGCACUUCUUUGAGAAGGAAAUCAAGGCAGACAUUGUUUGUAUUCAGGAAGCGAAGAUCCAGGAAGAGAAACUGGAGAAGUGGUUGGCCCUCGUCCCCGGGUUCGACUCUUACUGGGCCUUCAGUCGCGAAAAGAAGGGCUACAGCGGUGUUGCAACUUAUGUCAAGGAGGCGCUUCUGCCAUUGGAUGCGUGCGCUGAUUGUCUUGGGAAUUCGACAGGACAAUCGGAGGAGGACAUCGACCGCGAGGGCAGAGUGAUAUGCACCGACCAUGGCUCAUUUAUGUUAGUGAACGUGUAUGUUCCAAAUGCUGGGGAGAAACCGCUACGACCGAGGAUCGACUUCAAGAUGAAGUUCUUGCGUAUGCUUCGCAAUAAAUGCGAUGAGUUUGUGAGAAAGGGGAAGCAUGUAAUCAUCGUCGGCGACCUCAACAUAUCUCACAAAGAUGGUGACGUGCACAGGAGUUUCAACCUUCUUGAGAUGUACUCUUCUGUUUUGCAAAGUUGCGGCUUGCACGCUGUGUUGCUACUUUUGAAGCUCGGCCUCCGGAGCAAAAUGGCUGGUGGCGCCACACGAAAGGACUCUUAAAGGCUGUCUCUUAUACACAUCUAGAUGUGUAUAAGAGACAGACUCCGAAGAGGCCAGUGUUGUUGUUUAUCGUCAGUCUACCUCGCUGAAGCUUGUCAUCAAUAAAUCCAAUAAUUUCAC